AUGAGCCACCAAUUGAGCAUAAUGCAAAGUGUGUGGGAACUUCUGCUGGUUUGUGCCAUCACAUGUGCAUCAGAGCCAAUAAUCGUCGAACUGGAAGCCUCCAUGCACUCCACCUUACUCACGGACUUACAGGAGUCUGUAUCCAGAGUGACUACUUUUUCAGACUCUGUUGCAGUGGUGGGUCAGAUGUUCAGGAUGAGGAUUCCACUGGUAUCAGAAAACUGCCAUGUCACAAACAUAUUGUUUAAGAUGGACACUGCUGAUUGCUGUGCUUGGCUACAUUGGGACCAUCAGCUCUGUCUUCUACAAGGUCUCCCACUAGAGGGUGAUAAGGGACAUUAUCGGUUCAGUUUUUCUCCAGCAGCCAUACAAAAUCAUGAUGCCCGUAUACAUAGACACUUGGUUCUGAGUGGAAGCAAACUGAGUAGCAGCUCACAUACUGAUGCACACCAAACAGAUUUCUUCACAAUCACUGUUAAGCAAGAAGACCAACAGGAGCCAGAACUUCCACUGGCACUGCAGCCGUAUACUAAUGGAACAACAGUAUGUGUUUGUUCAGGUGGCCAACCAGUUACUGUACUAACUGUUAUUCUGGAUGCUGACCUCACCAAAAUGUUUUCCAGGGAACGACUUGCGCUGCUGCAGAAAAUGAGUCAAUUUGGUAAUGUGGCACCAGAGCUGAUGCGAGUCAUGCCUGUUAUUAACAACCACUUUUUUGACAUGACUGCGUUCAUGGCGGGACCAGGCAAUGCAAAGAAGGUGGUAGAAAAUGGUGCACUGUUGUUCUGGAAACUAGGUUGUGCACUUGACCAAAGCAAACUGCCUGACAUAAGUGGAGUUGAGUUGCCAGCCAAAGAUGGCACUAUGUCAUUUCAGUUGGGCUAUCCAGUGGUUGGAUGGUACAUUGUCAAUAAGAAGCCUCAUGUGGUCAGACGAAUCAGAAGGCAGCUACACAACAGUCCAACACCUGUGCCAUCCCAGUUUACUCCAACCAUUUACUCAGAACCUGCAGAGCGUAUUGUGCCUGCUCAAGCUUCCCCUUUUGUUGCUGCCUCUACAAAUCUGUUGGUAAAUCCUGCUCGUGGUCCUUUGCCUUUGCCAAUAAAACCUACUAUUCGGAUCCGGGAUAGGGUAGCUUACACACCUGUCCUGGGCCACCCCCUUCCCACUCGUUUUCUGGGCAGUACCAGUACACUCCCUCUGCAAUCAACAUUGACUCGUAUGGGUUAUGUUGAGCCUACUGCCUCUGUUACUGCUCCAACCACUCGCAGACCCAAGAUCUCCACCCCAAAAAAGAGCAAGAAACAGAAGACCCCAUCCUUGUCCAUAGAGCCUAAAACUACAAAUGAUAAAGCCCCCAGAGGCCCCUUGCCUAACCAAAAACCUGAACUGCACAACCCAAUUGAUGAAAUAAAUGUCUGGGUUGGGACAUAUUUUGAGGUCAAGAUUCCAGCUGACACGUUUUUUGAUCAGGAAGAUGGGAGCACAGAAAAGUUGCGGUUGUCAUUGCGUCAGACUUACAACCAGGUACUAGAUGAGGGCUCCUGGAUACAAUUCAACAGCACCAGUCAGCUGCUAUAUGGCCUUCCUGAUCAUGGCCAUGUUGGUCGACAUGAAUUCUUUAUGAUGGCUAUAGAUAAAGAACAUUUAAGCACCACAGAUGCUUUUGAGGUUAAAGUUAACCCCUGGCCAACUGAUGACCAAUCACCUGUUGUGUUUACUGCUUGUUUUCAAGGAGAACCCAAUAUGUUGAGCAAGGACAUUCACAAAAAAAUCUUACUUAGCAAAAAACUUGCCUCAGCACUGGGUGAUCGCAACAGCAACACAAUCACCUUAAAAAAUAUCACCUGGGGGUCCAUCAUUGUGGAGUGGACCAGUAGCAGCUUACCUAGAAGCCCUUGCCCAAGGGAGCAGAUUCAGGCAAUGUGUCGUAGGAUUUCGGAUGCUAAUGGUCAUCCCACUCCCAUAUUCUAUGGUGCCAUGCAACCAGAGUUUAUACCCAUAAAUGUCACUGUUCGUGGAGUCAACAAAUGCCAGAGGUUCUUGUUUGUGCCACCACAAGAGGUAUCCAUCUCUUUGUCACCAGUGAAUGUUUCCACUCAAGUGCCAUCUACAAUUGCGCCUUCGUCUAGCUCUGGCUGGAGUCGCAGCGAUGAUGUUUACUUGCACACCGUAAUACCAGCCGUUGUAGUCGCAGCUUUACUUCUCUGUGGUGGAUUUAUUGCCAUGGUUUGCUACAGAAAGAAACAUAAUGGAAAGAUGACCACUGAGGAACAGGCCACAUUUAUUAAAAAAGGUGUUCCUAUUAUUUUUGCAGAUGAGUUGGAUGAUACUAAAUCACCAUCCUCAUCCAGCAUGCCACUGAUAUUGCGUGAAGAGAAGCCACCGCUGCCACCUCCUCAAUAUUCCAGUUCGGCCUGUGGAGAAGGGUCCUUGCUCAACCAUCAGAUACUAGGGGAAUACAUCUGCCUAAGCAGUGAUGACCCAGGUACUCUGCCUUAUCAGCCUCCCCCUCCUUUCACCAUCCCCAUAGAGUCCAGAGGUUCACGGCCAAAAAACAUGACAUCCUACAGAUGCCCACCACCCUAUGUGCCUCCAUAAUAGAUAGCCAGACUUAGACUAUAUAUGUUUUAGGGGAAUAGAAUAGUGUAAACAUAGAAUAUAUAAGGAGGCUGUGGACCAAGUCCUUAACUUUCAGGCAUGUGACUUGAAUGGCUGAGCAGUGCAUUUAAAUCUACACAAUUGUCAUUUACCAAGCCAAAAUGUUCAAAACACUAAACAAAACCUUGCAAGACCUUGUUUCAAAGGACUUACACUGAAACUACACUUACUAACAAUAAAAAAUACUGACUUAAAACUAAAACAGCUACUGCCAGCCAUAGUCACACGAUCAGACGAUAAGCCUUUGAGCUAUUGAUCAGAGAUGGAAGCAGAGCCUGAGUGCAUUUUGUGUCUGUAUACUGUCAGAUUUUUAUAAUGAUCAUUUUUAAUGUCUUUAUUUUCCU